GUUCGAUCCUACACGACAGCCAAACAACCACGACAGCCGCAUCCAGUAGUCACCAUGUCGUCCAAGCGAAUCGCUGUCCAGCCCAUCAACGUCAUUUUCAAGCACCUUCAAACGGUGGUCUUAUGGCUGUAUGACCAGAAGGACCUGAGAAUCGAGGGAAUCAUCAUUGGGUUUGACGAGUUCAUGAACGUGGUACUGGACGAGGCAGCGGAGGUCUACGUCAAAUCCCAAAAGCCUAAGAGGCCUCUCGGCCGGAUCAUGUUGAAGGGGGACAACAUCACCCUGAUACAGACUGCAUGAACUCCCUCCUAGGAUCGGUAUCUAAUUGUUCGUCUUCGGGUCAAGGGGAGCUGAGGGUGUCGUAGCAACAAGAAAGAGUUCCCAGAAACUAGGAUGGAUACGAUCCCUUCGGACUACACUACGACAACCACCUUGCUUCUCCUCGAGAUCACAAAAGCAAGCUUGCGGCAUUAUUGUCCCACUCGUCU